AUGUCGACUAAAAGCAAGGAAGGUGAGUCGAAGCAAACUGAAAUACCAGAAGAUUUAGAAAAGACUACAGACAUACAGAACGAUUCUGAUACAAAUAGUUCAAUAAACCUUUUUGAUUACUUCGUUUCGAACGAUCGAGACCAAAUAAUCAAAAAAUGGGGUCAUUUGUAUCAGAAGGACAAAGACAAAGCCUUCUGCGAGCUGAUUUCGUUGAUUUUCCAGUUGGCGGGCCACAAAAUUGAAAUAACGCCAGCUCAUUUCGAAAGCAUCGCAGGUGAAGCCUUACUAGAGGAAUACAAUGAUGCAUCAGAGAACGCUCCAUCAUUCAAGCCACCAAUUACCUCAUUCUCAAAGAACAUCUCGAAGCUACUCCCAGAAUUCUGGAAUUUUAUAUCGAAGCAGAUCAUUUCUACGCAGGCAAUCUUCACAAAACAAGCCCUUAGCUACAGAAACUGGAUUACCAUACUCAGCGAGUCCCAUCCACGCUACAUCCGCACAAUUGCCGUUCAAUGUGCCUCAUCUCUCUUUCUCGCGCUUACAGAGUCCAUCAGUACCAAGUCAGAAGAGCUCUGCCGUCUCCAGAAGAAGUCAGACCAGUCAGAUAUCAUCAAGAGCAAAAUCGAGUCACUGACCAACGAAAACCGUUUCUAUCUUUCAUCUGCGAACAACCUCUACAACGCUAUUCUCGUCAAAUCUCUCCGAGAUGUCGAUCCACAAGUCCGAAUUGUUUCAUUAGAUUCCUUAGUUGACGGAGCUAUCCAAUGUCCUAACCCAUUCUCCGACGAGACACAUCUUUCACAACUCGCGAUCUGCGUCAGAGACAAAGUCACGAAAGACCGUCAAAACGCCCUCAAAUCCAUUUUAAGGUUAAUUGAAAACACACCAAGUGAAAACUGGAAACAUUUAUGUGAAAGGAUUGAAGAGAACCUUAUUGAUUUAUGUGACGACAAAGACAACAAAACAGUUGAAACAUCAUUGAUGAUUCUCAAGAAGAUGUCAGAAAACAACUGUUUGCACUCAUCAGACGAAGAACUUGAGAAUUGUUCAUUUCUUUUGGCUGAUGCAACUCCAAGUGUAAGAAUCGCUGCUCAAAAAUUUGUCGUGUCACGUUUCUUCGACCAAUCAAAAAGUGAUGAUGAACAACUUACACAUUUGAUUGACUUCACAAAGAGGUUUACAAAAGACGAACUUCAGUCAGUCAUCGGAGUUCUUUAUUCAGUUAUUGGUGUUCUUAAGAAGUUUGACGUUAUUUGUCAGAAAUUGUUGACAAUUGAUGAAGAACGAUCACAACGAUUAUCAAUGAUUCUUUUGUUUUCAGCACAGGCAGCAUCAGGUAAGAUCGAAAAUAUUCCAAUUGAAGAAAACACGGAAAUCUUGGAAAAUUUAAGUGUCACAUUUGUUUCUAAACUUUCACAACUUAUCUUAGCAUAUCAAUCAGAUCCUCAUACACAAAUCUAUUUGAUCCAAUGUGCAAGUCUUAUUGAUCUUGACUGUGUUUCAGAGUUCUCAGUUGACAGGAUGUUCCCAGAUUUGUUAACAAAUAUCAGAGAAAGUUUCAUUUCAAGUGAUGAUCCAAAUUUAUUCAACUGUGCAUCAUCCGUUUUGUACGAACUUUCAGUUGGUCAUCACCAGUUAAACCAGAUUGCACGGACCGAACUUGAUCGAUUAGCAGUUUGUUGUGGUGAAGUCAAUGGCAGCAAAAGUGUCAACAUCUCAAAAUUUUUGUCCGCCGCUAGAUUUGUCAACAUGUCAGAUAACGACAAAAUUCGUAAUGUUUUAUUUGACGGUGUCAAUGACGAAAACAGUGAUAUCUGUCAGAACUCUAUCGAAGCACUUGAUUUAUUCUUCCAAUGGGAUGUUUUGAAACUUAAAGAGAAACCAGAAUUAGUUGAUGAUUACAAAGAAAUGUAUUUAAAGAUAUUUGAAACAUUCUCAUUGAAACUUGAAUCUAAUGAUACAAAUAUCAAAUUGAAAUCGAUGAAAGCUAUUUCUAAUUUAUUUUGUUUACAGAACAUCAUCAAAAGUGAUUAUUGUCAUAUUGAAGAUAGUUUUAUCCGAAAUUAUUGUCGUGUUUGGCAUUCAUUGAAAUUCAGUCGAAACAAUGAUCUUUUCAAUCAUUUAGUUCGCCCAUUUUUAUGGGGUAUCUUUCCACGCAAAUAUUUGUCACAUUUCAUUAUUUACAUUGGUGAUGAAACAGUUCGUGACAGCUGCAGUCUGUGUUGUAACGAAUUGAAGAAAUCCGGAAUUCUUAAUGGAAGUGAAGUUCCUUUCUCCAUUAUUUACAUGAAAGAAAACAAUUAUCCAGAUACAAUGAUCCAAACCGGUGUCCGCUUUCUAUGCCGAAAGUUCAACAAAUUUGAUGUUCUUAACUACUUCAAAGAUCAUGAUGAAUCCGAUGAAUUCGACGAUGAAGUUCUUUAUUUCAUCCGAAGUCUUAGUCAAGACGAAGCAACAAAAUAUUUACCAUACUCAGGUAAAUUGCGAAAUCAAGUUGAAAAAGUCUCUAAAGGUCAAAAACCAACAAUCUUUAAGAAGAAAGUUCCUAAGAAAGAAACUGAUGAUCUUUAUCACGACGAACUUGUUGUUCUUGAACGUGAUUCAUGA